CGUCCCGCGCGCGUAUCCACACGUCCCGGCGCGAGACGACUCGACCGGAGCGGGACUUUUUCUCUGGGAAGCUUUUCUUCUUGAUUUAUUGACGUCCGAGUGCGCGGCCCCGAUCAUGAAGUUUCCGUCGCCGGAAGCCCUCAGGCUCUACAUAUGCAUGGAGGUGCUCGUCGCCGUGUCGUCGGUGGUCGGUAACGUGAUGGUGGUGUGGGCCGUGUGCAUCAACCGCUCGCUGCGGGACACCACCUUCUGCUUCAUUGUCUCCCUGGCCUUGGCUGACAUUGCGGUGGGCGCGCUCGUCAUCCCCCUCGCCAUCACCAUCAGCGUCGGACCCCAGACGCACUUCUACAGCUGCCUGCUGGUCGCCUGCAUCAUGCUGGUCCUCACGCAAAGUUCCAUCCUCGCCCUGCUGGCCAUCGCCAUCGACCGCUACUUGAGGGUGAGGAUCCCCAUGAGCUACAAGCGAGUGGUGACCCGUCGGCGAGCCGGCACGGCCGUGUUGCUGUGCUGGCUGGUGUCCAUCCUGGUGGGCCUCACGCCGAUGUUCGGCUGGAACAACCUGCGGCAUGUCGGUAACAAUGGCUCCCUGAUGGUGAUCUGCCAGUUUGAGACGGUCAUCAGCAUGGACUUCAUGGUCUACUUCAACUUCUUCUGCUGGGUGCUGCCCCCCCUGCUCCUCAUGCUCCUCAUCUACGUGGAGAUCUUCCACAUGAUUCACAAGCACCUCAACAAGAAGGUGAGAGUGAGCCAUGUGGACCCCAGCCAUUACUUUGGCAAGGAGCUCAAGCUCGCCAAGUCCUUGGCCCUCGUUCUUCUACUGUUCGCGGUCAGCUGGCUUCCCCUUCACAUCCUCAACUGCAUCACUUUAUUUUGUCCGGCGUGUAACAAGCCGCCGUUCCUCAUUUACGUGGCCAUCCUCCUGUCCCACAGCAACUCCGCCGUCAACCCCGUCGUCUACGCUUUCGGCAUUAGGAAAUUUCGCACAUCCUUCGGGAAAAUUUGGAAACAGUACGUUCUGUGUCUGGAUUCGGACGGUCAGCUUCCUCAAAGUGUGAGUCAGAAGAGACACAGGCGCGACGAUCUCGAAAACGACGAUGAUGAUGAUGUGUGAUCUUUGGCAACUAACAUCUACCCUACUCUGUGACCUCAAAGCCUGAGGAAAUACAGACGGACCUUGGAAAGCUUCUACUGUAGAUCGACUUCAUCCAGAACUCUCCGUUCCUUGUUUCCUGGCGCCAACUGGCCACGGGGAGUGGAGCACAUGAGUGUAUUGGCUUGGUUUUGAACAAUUUCCCUUGAGGAUCAUUAAAGUUUGUCUAAGUCUAAGGAUGCCCUUCCUACGCAACCUAGCUGGGAAUCGAACACAUGAAAGGCAGAGGCGCCUCCACCAGGGACUCCGUCCAGAACUUUCGAAACUAUGAGUACGAGAUAAUUAGACACUGACUCCGAUGGGAAUGUUUUUGUUGAUGUCUCUACCAGCUACCAGUUGUUGAUGUCAUUCGGGAAAAGAGGCUUACCAGGAAUUGGAAUAACUAAACAUAGAUCUUGUGAUUCACAUGAAGUAUGACAGUGAGCACUCUUUGUAGUUUUCUCAGCUAAACUGAAAUGUGCCACAUUUAGGGGAAUGUGGUAUUGGUUUGACGGGCAAAGGGCCAAACAAAUGCUUUGAGAGGGACAAAAUGGAAUGUUGGCUGCAUGGAUGCAAAAAAUGUGAUCCCUCGGCAUUAGGAAAACACCACAGAAGGUGUGACUGGGGUCAGAUUGAUAAAGCUACCAACCACUAGUUGUGUUUCCAUUGCAGUUUUUUGCAAAAUAAAAGCGACAUUUAAAAAAAUUCGACAAAGUACAUUUUCGACUCAUAAGUGUUUCCAUUAACCUCUAAAGGCCUUAGUGGCCACAUGCGUGGACAGCACCUUUUAGCUCUUAUUUCCAAAAUUGUGUACACUACUGAAUUGGGGUCUUAUGCCGACAUAUGGACACUUAUACUGCUAUCUGGUGGUGUCAGAAGAGUAUAACAUACAAUUAGAGAUGUCCGGUAAAUGUUUUAGAAUGUAAUAUCGGAAAUAUCGGUAUCGUUUUUUUUAUUAGCGGUAUCGUUUUUUUUACAUUUUUAAAUGUUUUUAUUUUUAUUAAAUCAACAUAAAAAACACAAGAUACACUUACAGUAUAAUUAGUGCACCAACCCAAAAAACCUCCCUCCCCCAUUUACACUCAUUCACACUCAUUCACACAAAAGGGUUGUUUCUUUCUGUUAUUAAUAUUCUGGUUCCUACAAUAUACUGUAUAUCAAUAUAGAUCAAUUCAGUCUGCAAGGGAUACAUCUAUAGUUAUAUUUUGAUGAACAAUCAUAAAUGAAUCUUUCAGCACAUACACAAUGUUGACAUCUAGAGUUAUAUUUUGAUGAACAAUCAUAAAUUAAUCUUUCAGCACAUACACAAUGUUGACAUCUAUAGUUAUAUUUUGAUGAACAAUCAUAAAUUAAUCUUUCAGCACAUACACAAUGUUGACAUCUAUAGUUAUAUUUUGAUGAGCAAUCAUAAAUUAAUCUUUCAGCACAUACACAAUGGUGACAUCUAUAGUUAUAUUUUAAUAAACGAUCAUACAUUAAUCUUUCAGCAUAUACACAAUGGUGACAUCUAUAGUUAUAUUUUAAUAAACGAUCAUACAUUAAUCUUUCAGCACAUACAACAUUUUAACAUCUAAAGUUAUAUUUUGAUAAACAAUCAUGAAUAAAUCUUUCAGCACAUAGACAAUGUUGACAUCUAUAGUUAUAUUUUGAUAAAGACGGGGAAAACAUGCUACUCGUAAAUGGCGUGUGUAACAACAACAACAAACAUGGCCGUAGACACAAAGUUCAAUCAUAAAAUACAACUUUAUCCGAGCAAAAACGAUGCAUAUUUAUCCAGGAGAGUCUUGAUACCAUUGUCCUUGACCAAGACACACACAAAAAAGUUGUAGACCUCCGUGCUUUUCCAAGUUUUCAUCUGUUUUGUCGUGUAGAAUGAUGUCUGGAGCACAAUAGUUCAUAUGUCUGGGAAGAUGACCGACGUAUAAUCCUUGAUAUCACGCCAAAAAUCUUUUUUUUUUAUAAAGUAUAGGAUCUAUUUCAUUGCAUGGUUAGAUGUUUUGCUCGGAUCUGCUUUUUUCGUAAUCAGAUAGUUUGCGCGCUGCUUGCUGUACAACAGCCAUCUUGGCUUGGUUAACCACCACUGGUUAGAAAACGAAGGUAACGAAAAGGGAUUUUUGGGAGAGAAUUGUGAACGACAACAUUUACAGACGAAUUGUGGAUUUCGGGCAUGUCGGUCUCUCUGAGCAUGCGGGUCGGGAAGGAACACCGUGAGACGGUUCGGUGUUAGGUGCUCUGUAAAUGCGGAAAAAGUGCCGUCAUGGUUUUGCGACACACUUCAAUUUUGAAACGUCUAAAAAAAACACCUUAUGGGAGCUUGAAAAUAUUUUUGAGAUAUUUGAGAGUUUUUUCGUAAUAUGGCUGUUUCUAUAACGAGGUUCUAAUUGCGAUAUUUAGACUUUGCGCAUUUCUCGGGGUAAUGGAAACGCAGCUACUCACAUUGCUGUUCUUGAUGUAUAAUUUGUUUUUUCUUCAAAUAGUAGGACUGAAAACAUAACAGCAACACACCCAAUACUUAUCGCAUUUUCCGGACUAUAAGCGGCACUGGUGUAUAAGUCGCGCCCACAAAAUUUUAGAAGAAAAAACACAUUUUCAUAUACUAGCCGCACC